AUGGAUCUCAACUUUGUGUGUGGGCCCAACGCCCUAUCACAGCCAUCAAGGCAGAGUCAGCAACACAACGCAGACGCUUCAGAAGCUGACUCACCCGUUGCUGCUCUUCCAAACAUUCGCGAGCUUGAAAGCAUCCGCGCGUCGCUCGCAACUGACGGCGGCGCAGUGGCUGCAGAAAACAAUGCGGUGGCUAGUAUUGCCGCGCCCUUUGGCCCUGCUGCACGGCCCUUAACCAUGCAGGACAUUUCAAAUGUCACAACGGAGGCUUUGGCGCGGCCAUCAACCAUGGUAUUCCCAGCUUCGGCAGUACUCGUUGCGCCUCACCAUCACCACAACCAUCACCACCACCACCCUCCUCCUCAUCCCUUUCAUUUGGCCGACGAGGAGGCUUCCAGCGCAUAUCCUCGGGACAGUGGGCGGCAGCCAGAGUCUCUCGCUGGAACCUUCAGAAUGAGCACAUUGCAGUUUUCAAAUCAAAAUGCCACUGCUGCCACCACAGAGCAGCAGCAGUCAAAUGACGAUGUCGUCAAUGACAAGGCGGCGGGCAAGUGCGCGUCUCCCAGCGGCAGCAGCUGCUGCGAGAAGAAGCGGACGACAAUUCUGGAGAAGUACCAGAGCGAGCUGCGCGAUGUAGCCGACAAAUGCAAGAUCUUGAGCCAGUUUUCCGAGCAGUACGGCCCCGAGAAGAACAAGUUUAACGCACAGCCGUCGGACGACCUGGUCAUUGACAUGGCACGCAAGGCGUACGAGGUGCUGCUGGUGUUCAUGACCAUUCGCCGCGAGCGCAUGUCGACCAGCGCCGAUGAUGAUACGAUGGACUAUAUCCGGAAGCGCCGCACCGUGCUUUCGCCUGCAAGGAGCAAGGCCCGCAAACGUUCGAGACACCUGAAUGGCGUCGUGGCCCUGAUGGCGCCAGGACUCUUUGCAAUGCAUGUGGCCUUCCUGAGCAAGAAGCGCGCGAAUGAGGCCACCACCCAUUUUAGUGCGGACAACACGGCCCCUGCCUCAGCCGCCGCUGGUGCUGGCGCUAGUGUGACGCCGAAUUCCGCCAGCGACUCCAACACCCCACUGGUUCUGGCUGCCGUGUCUCACAACCCGCCACAUCAUGUUGGGGCGAGCGGCAACCACCCGAGCAUUGGCGGGAUUCUGUCAUCGGCACAGCCUGCGCCUGGGCCUAGUGCGGGGAUGGUGCGUGCUCCCCUACCUCUGCCUCUGCCUCUGCCGCAGCACGCUGUACACAACAACUAUCAGCAGCAGCAUCGCUCAGUGCCGGUGCAGCCGACAUCCGCACAUAUGGCGUAUGCCCAGCAGCAGCAGAUUCUGCCGCCGCAUCAGCCACAUAGCGCUCCUAUCCACAGCUCCAUGCACCAGGAGUACGUGCACCCGGGCUCAUCCAGUGGUGCUAGUAACAUGUCAUACCACACGCAGCAAAUGCAGCAUCCAAGCUGGCAGCAACAGCAGCAUUACUACCAGCAGCAACAGCAUUAUCGCCAGCAUCACCAUCAGCAAGCGCCAGUCCAUGCGCCCUCUACUUCUGUUCCUACACCGCCGCAGCAUAUCUCGCAGGCCAUGCCCCACAUCAAUGGCACCAGUGAGCAUGCAAACAACUUUACGCAGUCUCUAUAUUCGAAUUCGAACGCUAACCCCGCGUAUCCCACCGCGUCUAAUGGUGGCGGCAACGGCUCUAACCCUACUCGGCAGCGCGUUCAUGAGCACCAGAAGCCUGUAAAGACAUCAAUUUCGAGAAUCAUUGGCUAA